AACCCGGUUUUCCAAGCCGCUUCCCGCAUGGACAGCUUAGGUAGCGUCUGCACCAUACAGGCAGCAAUCCGCUGGUUCGUGUUGGAGUUUAAUUUAUAGUGAUUGUCUGUACUAUACAUAUGUUGAUAGAGGAGAAAAAAAUAAAGCUGGAUCCGCCUGCCUGCCCAUUGGGCGGAAUCCUCCAGGCGCUUGACAUCGAGCGCGUAGCGUUGGCUGAAACCAUAGGCGUGGUUUUUGGAUAGAGAUGCUCCGUCUGCUCCCGCUGGGAUCCCCACCUGCCCUCACACCGCGUCUGUCACAGCGCCAGCUGGCGUUCUCCUCUGCUCCACACACACCACACCACACUUCUGAUUAGUUCUCAUCUGUGCCACAGAAGAUACACGCUCGUGUUUUUUUUUUUGUUUUUUGUUUUUUUGUUUUGUUUUGUUUUUUUGUUUUUUUCGUUGUGUAAUUGCAGAUCAGAGGGGGAAGACUCCGGGUUCGAUCACCCUCCACUCCCCGGAUCUGCGGCGAAGAAGGCGCGCAGCCCCGUCGGCGGAGACAACAGGAGCGGACAGCGCGUCGCUCGGCCUCCUGGCAGCAACAGCAGCAGCAGCAGCGAGGGAAGGAAGCACGGCAGAGACCCUGGUUCAUGUGUAGGGCUGCUCGACGCGCAAGUCGUGCCCGCAGCGGUUCCCAAGAAUGGAAAAUACAUGCAGAAUACCCAGGAGGUGGCUCUGGCUCGGUUUACUCGUGGUGGCUUCUGUUGUACCUUCAGUGGAGAGCAAGAGAGCCAGGCAGCAGCGCUGUCCCAUGUCAUGCACAUGCACCAAAGAUAACGCGUUGUGCGAAAGCGCAGUGUCGAUUCCUCGCAGCUUUCCCCCCGAUGUCACAUCUCUAUCAUUCGUCAAGUCGGAAUUCACCGAAAUCGCCAAGGAGAGCUUCAUCCACAUCCCUGCCCUCCAUCUCCUCCUGUUCACAGCAAACAACCUGGAAUCUAUAAACGAGGACGCUUUCCUUGGACUUCCUCAUCUGGAAUAUCUAUUCAUAGAAAACAACCAAAUCCAGUCGAUAUCGCCGUACGCUUUCCGAGGUCUGAAAACCCUGGUGCACCUGAGCCUGGCCUACAACAAUCUGGAGACUCUCCCCAAAGAUUUGUUCAAAGGUCUCGAGGCUUUGACAAAAGUAGACUUGCGUGGGAAUCAUUUCUUGUGUGACUGUAAGCUGAAGUGGUUAGUGGAGUGGAUAUACGGCACCAAUGCCACCGUGGACCAGAUUUUCUGCAAGGGCCCGGCCUCACAGCUGGACAAGAGAAUCAAUGACCUGUCGCCGCAGUCCUUUGACUGCAUCACCACAGAGUUUGCUCCAUACCAGUCCCUGAAAUUUGAAUCCAUAUCAGUGGAAGCGUUUUCUUUCCGGAACGACCAGUAUGUCGUCUUUGCCCAGCCAUUUAUCGGGAAGUGUGGCUUUCUUGAAUGGGAUCACGUCGAGAUGAACUUCAGAAACUUUGAUGAUAUUGACAGUACAUCCACAGUGAUCUGCAAACCUCUCGUCAUUGACAACCAGCUGUUCAUCAUCGUGGCUCAGCUGUUUGGAGGCUCCCACAUCUACAAGCGGGACACCUCUGCCAACAAAUUCAUCAAGCUUCAAGGCAUUGACGUCCUGAAAAUCCGCAAGCCAAAUGACGUUGAGACGUUCCGAAUCGAUGGAGAGUCCUUCUUCGUCAUAGCUGACAGCUCCAAGGCUGGCUCUACCACCAUCUACAAGUGGAACGGCAAUGGCUUCUACUCCCAUCAGUCCCUCCACCCGUGGUACCGCGACACUGACGUAGAGUACCUAGAGAUCUCCUCCAAACCUCACCUGAUCCUGUCCAGCAGCUCCCAGAGGCCUGUCAUCUACCAGUGGAACAAAGCCACCAAGCAUUUCGACAGACGAACCGACAUCCCGGAGAUGGAGGAUGUUUAUGCCGUCAAGCACUUUCAGGUCAAGUCUGAUCUCUACAUUUGCCUGACGCGCUUCAUUGGUGACUCCAAGGUGAUGCGCUGGGAUGGCGCCCUCUUCAAAGAAUUACAGACCAUGCCCUCCCGAGGCUCCAUGGUGUUCCAGCCUUUCACUGUGGGCAGCUGGCAGUAUGCCAUUCUGGGUAGCGACUACUCUUUUACCCAGGUGUACCGCUGGGAUGCCAAGAAGGGCGAGUUUGUUCGCUUCCAGGAGCUGAACAUUCAGGCGCCAAGGGCAUUUUAUCCAGUUUCCAUUGACAACCGUCAGUUUCUGUUGGCCUCCAGUUUCAAAGGGAAAACUCAGAUAUACGAGCAUUUAGUCAUUGAUCUGAGUAAUUGAUUGUUUUUUUUUAUUAUUAUUGAAUGGUUAGUUAUUUUUGUGAUCUUUUUUGUGUACAUACAGAAGUCUGUAAUAGGAGAUUGAGAGCUAAGCAACUCAGAAAUUUAUGGUCCUAACUUUAGAAAUUUAUAUUCACUCAUUUUUAAAAAUCAAUCACAAUUUCUGCAUGACAAGUUUAUAGAUAACAAAUACGUUUCUCAAGCCACAUAUCUGAUUGAGAGGCAUGUAUCCUAGGUUAGGUUUAGAUUCAAUAUUUUCUCAAAACAUAAAUGCAUAAAGGGCCAGAAGCUGGCCAUCAACCCAACCCAACAAAUCUAAAACUGGCCUUAAAAGGUUUACGCCAAUUUGUGAUCAAGCUUUUACAAUAUUUAACAGUUUAUACAGUUAUUCUCUAAUAUUACAUAAUGAUUUACAAAAGACAAAAUCUACUUUUUAAACUAUUAACAUGUUUUAACUGAACAAAUCUGCCGAAUCGCAAUGUUUACAUUUUUCUGUCUUUCCAUUUGUACACUGCAAAGAUUUGUAAAAGAUGCUUUUGUAAGUGUAGAGAUGGUCCAGGGCAGACAGGGUUGUAUUUGUUAAAAGACAAUAGGAUUGUGUUAUGCAAAAAAUUUUAAGAGAAAUAGAAACAUUUCCUAAGUGUUCGAUACCAUUUUACCAUAUUCCUAAAGUUUAGAUCCAAAAGUUUACUUUGAAUUUGUGGCAGAUAUCUCUGCAGUGUCUUCGAGUAUAGAGCUGACAAAAAACAUAAACUGUAGGGAAGGAUGGAUGGAUCAACUUGGAUGGAGAAACUAGAGAAUAGAUAGGUUUAGGGAUAAUUCAGUAGUAGGCAAAUGGUUAUGCAGGCAUAUUGAUAGAAGGAUUAAACUAAUGCACAGGUGAUGCCGUUUAUGGAUAAUGAAAAAUAGUGUAAAUAAUGUACCAAAAGAUGGAUGGACAGAAUGGAGUAUGGACAAAUGAGCAGAUGCACAAAAAGUGGAUUCAUGAAUGAUGAGCAAAAAAUGAUUGAAGUAUAGACAUAACGAGGAAUAUCUGGAUGAACAAACAGAUGAAUGGAUGAACAAUCAUAAGCAAAUGGACAGACUGAUGAAUGUACUAAUUGGAUGGACAGAGAAGCUGAAAGACAGAUGGACAUUGAACCAGUUAUACUGGGAAGAAUUUGGAUAAGACACAUCUUUCAAGGCUCAGCUUUGAUUUUCUGUUCCCUUCCAGACUGGGAACACACCUGAAUCUUAUUCCAGGCUGAGUAGAGACUCUGCAUACAGAUAUAUUGUGAGUCCACCUGUACAUCCUUGCAACUUCCGUUUUUAUUGUUAAUGGUUUGUAAAGUGUUUUAAAGUAUUGAGCAGUUUUUCAUAACUGGCAACUACAAACUAUUUUUGAGCUCCUUCAAAAGGUACUGAAAUGAAAAAGAGACUGUUCAUAUUCUUUAACUAUUACGUGCGCAAAAUUCAUCAUUUGUGUCAUGACUAAGAUUAACCUUAUGUUAUUUGGAGUCAAUAAAAGAGUUAAUGAAUCUGAGAGCUUCCCGCAUAUUAACUUCAGUGUUACAUUGUGAAUAGAGAGGGAAGAGGACGUCUGUGUCAACCUUUCAGAAUGUGUCGUGCAGUUGUGAAAAAAAUGAGAAAGUAAAUAAAUACAAACAAAUAAAAUUCUUUUAAUCUUCUCCAACAAAGUGCACGCCUCAAAUCUACAAAGCAGCACAUUACAAUGUAAUGAAAUAAAUACAACUGAAUAAAAAAAAAAAAAGUAAGGAGAUACACAAGUGCCUGCACAAUCACACAUUUGCAGUGAGUUUAAAUCUGGCUCUUUAGAAAGGCUCCACAGCCAAGCUUCACUCGUCCGGAUCCUCGUGCGUCGCCAAUCCUUUGGAUAGAGGCGUCCAACAUGUCGCGUCCUAAAGCAAACCAGUUUAAACCGUGCAUCUUCCUUGUAGACUACCAAACUAACAUGAAGGAAACAGGUGUGCACUCUCAUGUUCAUACACUUCACCCUGGAAUACUUGUGCAACUGCAGCAGGGCCCCUACUGCAAGGAGAAAAAUUAAAGUGAACAUGUUUUCAGCCUCAACUGAACUUACAACUCAAGUUUGUGUGGUGCAACUUAGUGUUUUUUUUUUUUGUUUGUUUUUUUCUCCAUAGGCAAACAUAACACAAAAAGGCAAGGGAACGUUGCAUCCCUUCAUUAUCCACAAAAUAAUUUAGUCCUCUUUAAAUAAAACUGAAAAACACUAUUUUCAAAUGGUGGUUCUUACAAAACAAGAAAAACAAACAAA